AUGGCGGCGCGGUGCGGCGGCGGCUGCGACGGGCGCGAGGACGGCGCGGUGGAGGCGCUGCUGCAGUGGCAGAAGGUGAGCGACUUCCUCAUCGGCGCGUCCUACCUGUCCAUCCCGCUCGAGCUGCUGCACUUCGCCACCUGCGCCGACCUCGCGCCGCUCCGCUGGGUGCUCCUCCAGUUCGGCGCCUUCACCGUCCUCUGCGGCAUCGUCCACCUCGCCGCCGUCCUCACCUACGCGCGCCCGGACUCGCGCCGACUCCUCCUCGCCUUCACCGCCGCCAAGGCGCUGGCCGCCCUGGCCGCCUCCGUCGCCGCCGUCUCCCUCCCGACCUUCAUCCCGCAGCUGCUCCGCCUCAAGACCCGCGAGGCGCUCCUCCGGGACAAGGCCCGCCAGCUCGACCGCGACGUCGCGCUCGUCAGGCGCCGCCAGGAAACCGCCGCGCGCGUUGUCCGUGCCAUCACGCAGCACGUCCGCCGCGGCGGCGCCGGCGGCUCGCUCCCGCACGACGCGCACGCCGUCCUGCGCACCGCCGUGCUCCACCUCUCCGAGGCCCUCGGCCUCUGCAGCUGCGCCGUCUGGAUGCCCGCGGCGGCAAGCGACGGCUCCAGCGUGCUCCACCUGGUGCAUCAGCUGCCGGAAGAUGACCACCGUGGCACGACGAGGCAGGCCAUUCGCGUCAGUGACCCCGACGUGGCCGCCGUCAUGGCCAACAAGGACGCCAAGGUGCUGAGGCCGGGCUCGGCGCUCGGGACGACGACAGGUCGCGGAGCUGCGGCUGCCAUACGGAUGCCGUUGCUGAGGGUGUCCAACUUUGUCGACGCCUCAUCGUCAGGAUCAGAUGAGCAGGGAGCUGCCGUGAGCUACGCGAUCAUGGUCUUGGUUCUUGCGGCUCCACCCCCUACUCCUAAGAAUCACAUAUCUAGAGGGCAUAGAGGAGGACGAGGAGCACGGGAGUGGAUCAGGCAGGAGCUGGACAUCGUGGAGGUGGUGGCGGACCAGUUGGCCGUGGCGCUGUCGCACGCCGCGGUGCUGGAGGAGUGGCAGCUGACGCGGUACAAGCUGGCCGAGCGGCAGAGGGUCCUGGCGCAGGCCCGGCACGACGCCGAGGUGGCCACCAGGGCCAGGGACGCCCCGCAGGGCGCGAUGCGCGACGGCGUACUGAGGCCGAUGCACUCCGUCGCGGGGCUGCUCUCCCUGAUGCAGGCGCAGCAGCAGGACGAAGCCUUGCCCUGCGCCGAGCGGAGGCUCGCCGUGGGCGCCAUGGCCAGGAUCAGCGCACUCUCGUCCACGCUGAUCGACGACGUCAUGGCGGCGGUGCUGACCCUGGCGAGGAGGCCGUUCGACCUCCGGCGCUUGGUGAGGGACGCGGCCGCCGUGUCCGGGUGCCUCGCCCGCUGCAGGGGGAUCGGCUUCUCGCACCGGGCGGAGAUGAGCUCUCUGCCCGGCGAGUGCUGGGUGGUCGGCGACGACAGGCGAGUGUUCCAUCUCCUGCUGCACAUGCUUGGCGCCCUGCUGGACCGGUGCGAAUGCCACUGCCAUGACCUCUGCUUCUCUGUCGAAACUGUGGCGGGGGAACAAGAUCCGGCCAUGUCUGACCACCGGGACUGGAUCACCCCCAACUUCUCCGGCUGCAACAUGAUGAUGAAUGGCAAGAUGCGGAGGGAAUCCCCGUCAGAUUUCGGAGGUCAGCAAGGAGAAUCCAUGAGCCUGAUCCUGCACUUCCAGCUCGGGUACGGGCUGGCAUCGCCCUCCGCCUCCUCACCAUCAGGCGCGGGCUUCUACCGCACCGGUGGCGCGUUCGGAGCAACCUCGACGUCGCCGUCGUCCACCACAGCGCCUCCUCAGUACCACUUCAACGGCCUAAGGAUCCUGCUCGUGGACAGCGACGACACCAGCCGGGAGGUGACGCGGAAGCUCCUGGAGCGGCUCGGCUGCCAGGUGCUGCCGGUGCCGUCGGCCGCGCACUGCCUCAGCCUUCUUCUGGGGAGCGACGGCGCCGCCCUUCAGGUGGUGUUUCUUGACCUCCACACGCCUGCCUCUGACGCCGGCGGUGCGGCGGACGAUGGGUUUGAGGUGGCCCUCAGGAUCCGGGAGCUCACCAGCGACAGCUUCAGCUGGCUGCUCAUCCUCGUCGCCGUGCCACUGCCGCCGAGGGCGAGCUGCAUCGACGUCCGCGACGCGUGCCAGCGGACGGGGGUCAACGGCGUGAUCCCCAAGCCCAUCACGCUGCCGGCGCUGGGAGCUCAGCUCUACAGGGCCCUCCACAACGACAACUGA